GAUAAAUUCACAUUUGAAGGCAAACACCGCGCCUUUUCUCUUGUUACCGAAAAAAAUCAGUCUUUGUGCUCAAGGCUAAUUCAAUCUCUACUUCUGGAUACCUUUUUGUUCUAUUUGAGACACUAGCAAUAAUUGUGUACUCAUUUAUUAAGUGGUGGAUGGAGAGAUGUCGAAAUUGAAAGGGCUAGCAAAUGUUGAUGAAAGGAAUGACAUGAUUUUCCGGGCAGACAAAAUUGAUUUGAAAAGUUUGGAUGUUCAAUUGGAGAAGCACUUGAGUAGGGUUUGGUCAAGCAAUGUGGAGAAUCAAAACCAAAGGCCCAGGGAAGGGUGGGAGAUUGAUCCUUCAAAGUUGGAAAUAAGGUACCUUGUAGCUCAGGGAACAUAUGGUACUGUUCACCGUGGUACCUAUGACAAUCAAGAUGUUGCAGUGAAGCUGUUGGAUUGGGGAGAGGAUGGCAUGAUGACUGCUGCCGAAACUGCUGCUCUGCGGGCAUCAUUUCAGCAGGAGGUUACUGUUUGGCAAAAACUUGACCAUCCAAAUGUUACAAAAUUUGUCGGUGCUUCUAUGGGAACCUCAAAUCUUAAGAUUCCUUCAAAAAAUCCUUCUGAGGGUUACACCACACUUUCUUGUCGGGCUUGUUGUGUACUUGUCGAAUUCCUCUAUGGAGGAACAUUGAAAAAAUAUUUGUUCAAACACAGGAAAAAGAAACUUCCCUUUAAGAUUCUCAUUCAACUUGCUUUGGAUCUGUCUAGGGGAACUCUAAAAAUUGCUGAUUUUGGGGUUGCUCGUGUUGAGGCACAAAAUCCUCAGGACAUGACUGGUGAAACUGGAACUCUUGGAUAUAUGGCUCCAGAGGUACUUGAUGGAAAGCCCUAUAACAGAAAAUGUGAUGUAUACAGCUUUGGUAUUUGCUUAUGGGAGAUUUAUUGCUGUGAUCUUCCUUAUCCAGAUCUUAGCUUUGCUGAAGUUUCUUCUGCUGUUGUCAGACAGAAUUUGCGACCGGAAAUUCCCCGAUGUUGUCCAAGUUCUCUAUCCAAUGUGAUGAAGAAAUGUUGGGAUGGACAUCCAGAAAAGCGACCUGAAAUGGAUGAGGUAGUAAGAUUAUUAGAAGCAAUUGAUACGAGCAAAGGAGGAGGGAUGAUACCCGAAGAUGUAGCUGGUAGCUGUAUCUGCUUUCGUCCAAUCAGGGGUCCAUGAUUUUCUGUACUUUAUAUUUGUUCCCUUUGUCUAAAUCACUAAUAUUGUACAAUCAAUUAGAAGGCAAGCAAUACUUGUUGAACUUGUGCUUUUGGAUUAUUGACUUGUCCAACAAAUGAGAGUUGCUCUUGGAAGAAAAGGCUGUGAAUUGCUAUAUGCCUAGAUGUAUCUUUUAAUUAGUGUAGAAUAACUUUUGAUAGUUGAUUCAUGAAUAACAGGGUGGCACUACCAGUUUGAUCUAUUGUCGUGAUGGUUCUUGUCUAUUCUA